AUGAUUAGGGAGAAGUCCCAUCUGGAGCUUUGUUUACCCAUGAACUCUCCUUCCAGGCCUGCAGGUCUUGGCCACAGCCUCACACUAUUGGCCGCUGGAUUCGGUGGACGGGAUCCAUGGACUGUGGGACCAGAUUGGAAACAGACCAGGUCAUGUUAAUGGAAGUGAUAUAAGUAUGUGCAUAGACCUAUACUUAGGAAUAGAAUACCCAGUCUUUUACAUUCUUUGUCCGCAUGGUCUACAGCUGUUAUUCAUUCCUCCUCUCAAUUCACCUUUUUGCCCGUCUUGCAGCCACCAAGUCCCUGCUUUUAAAGGUGCAGCUGUGUGCAGUGCUCAAAUUUGAUUACAGUCAAAUUUGUAAAACAAACUUACAAAGUAGAGUCAAGAUAAGAAGUCUAAAGGCUACUUUACACUCCACUUAACCCUUGCUAAUGUACAUCAAAGCACUGUGGAGUUAUAAUAAACAAAAUGGGAUAAAAAGCUUAUCCUUCACCCCCAGGUACAUUUGAUUUGUACUUUCCAGAUUAAUGCUAAGACUAUUGAAUGAGCUGUCUGCUGUUUGCUAAACUGAUUUCCAAAAACCUUAAUGUAUUAUUUUAACAAUGGAAGCGCCAAUAACUUUUCUAAAUGCUUCCACAGUUGUAUAUCAUUUGAAUAAGCUUAAGCUAGUUUGAAACGUCAAAGUCAUUCGGAAUGGGAUACGUUGUGACUCACAAUUGAUCAUAUCAAUUGUGAGGCAUCAGGUCUAGACUUGAGAACGGUAUUUGGAAUAUUUCCACACAAAAUGUGCAUUGAUCCUAAGAAAAGGGGAAAUGAUUGAUCUGUUCCUCCUUGAGCACUGUUUACUGAGCCCAACAUCGCACUUAAUCUCAUCCCUGCUCACGCACCACAUCCCUCACAAUGCCUAGUGUCUGUGUUUGUCUCUCACUGGUCAGUUGUGUCCUCUGGUUGUUUUGUGUUAUUCAUGUGUAUGUAUGUGAAUCACCUUUUUCUCCCUUGUCUGUUUGUUUUCUAUGUUUCAUCCAGCUCUCCAAAUCCACAACCACACUGUGCUCCCUUCCUCCCAUAACUCUUCCUCUGUGUAUACCAAUGACUCUGCCUACACUAACAUUUCUGCAACAGUAGGUGAGGAAAAUCACUGCUCACUGAAAUUCAUUUGUGUGUAUAGUCAGUCAUGCUGCUCUGUCGGUGUUACUGUAGUGCUAUCUGUCAUGUUAAGGCUAUUCAGUCUCCAUCGUUUUGUACAUGGUGUACCAGCUCACCCAAUAGUUGCCAUGAGUGUGUCACACACUGUUACCUGAAUAUGUUGAAUUUGUCUGUGUGUGUGAGACAGUGUGUGUAGUCAGGGAGUUGUUUUCUUCAUGGGAAAAAGAGCCAAGACUGCAGUGUGUAAAUCGUGAUUACACAAGCUUCGAGUAUGGAGGUUUAGAAAUCUGUAUCUAGAGUGCUGUAAAGUUGAGCUUGACUAUUAACCUCAAUACACCAGGACGACUUCGUUUUGUCUACUGACAUGAUUUAAGGCAGGAGAACAUCAAAGAUAAAUACAGGUCAUAGCUUGCUACCAUUCAAUAUGGGGAAACACCCCAUAUUUGGUGCAGUUCAGAGAAUCUGUUCAUAAAUCUAUGAUGUUUGCCUAUAAAAAAGCCUACUUCAGAGAAAAAUCUGCCUCUUUUUCUCAUCAGGCAAAAUAAUGUUGUUAUUUCAUCCUCCUGUAGACAUAGUUGAAGGGAUGGUCAACAAGGGCAUCUAUCUGAAUGGAGAUAAUGGAGGCACCUUUCUCCACUUUGGGAACUACCAGAACUCUUGCAUUAGUGACCCCACUCUGUGUGGUCCUGAGGGUGAGUUCUGCCUCCCUCAAUCUCCUCUCCCCAACAUUCUACACAGUACUGACAAUGGAAUAUUUUCACAAAUCAUAAGUGACUAUCUAAUUGGGUAACACAAAAAAAUAUUUUUCUGCCAUUUAAUGUAGAUCUAAAUGUAUUACAAUUAGCAUGAUUUGUGGUCUGAAACAAUUUUCCCUAUUUUUAAAUCUCUAAUAAAUCUAUGUUCAUGUUUUUCAGGGAUUACAUUUUCCUUCUUUUGGAAGAACCAGGAGGCAGAGUCACGUUUUGCAAUAGCCUCUGGAGGGAAAGUAAUCUCCAAUGGCUUCUCUGUCUAUGCCAAUGCCUACGCUGGAUACGUAGAGUUCUACACACGAGGCAACUCGAAGAGGUGGAGGGCUAACAUCAAAAUACCAGGUAUUUAAAGGGUUACUUUGGGACUUUGGCAAUGAGGCCCUUUAUCUACUUCCCAAAGUAGAUUAACUCAAGGAUUAAAUUUUUAUGUUUCUGCGUGCAGUUUAAAGGAAGUUGCUAACUAGCGCUAGCACAAUUGCUAACUAGCGUUAGCCCUUCCAUUCAUUGCGCUAACACUAGCAGAUACCCAUAGACUAGUUAGCAUUGGCUCGCAAAACUACCUCUAACUUCCUUCACACAGGACACAAAAACAUAAAAAUGGUAUCCACAAAUUCAUCUGACUCUGGGGAAGUAGAUAAAGGGCCUCACUGCCCAAAUCCCAAAGUAUCUCUUAAAAAAAAAGGAAAACCAUUAAGAUGAAAAAGUUGAUAAAAUUCAUUAUGAUUCUAAAUAAUUAUUUAAAAAAUAUAGUAUAAACCUGUCCUCCGAUGUGGGUGGUGAAAACAAAACAAAAAAACAAAUUACAUUCCAGAUAUUAUGCCGGAGUGUCCUGUGGAUUUUUAUUUAUAUUCUUUAUGAAUACAUGAGGAAUGUAUUGUGGUUUUCAAUCAUGUUUUCAUUUUGAACCAUAAAUGUACAUGUUUUGGUUGAUUGUAAGCAGAUGGCGCUACAAUCAUCAGCAGAUACAGUUGGUCCCAGAGAGAUUUUAUGGAUUCAAUGAUGGAUUACAUUUAUUCUUUAUCUCAAACUAUAAAUGUGUUACUUUUUACUGGCAAACCUGUUUCCAUAUUGUUGUGUAACUACAGUGAAUACUGAACAGCAUUCUAAAUACUGCAUACGUACGCUAUAUAUACAAAAGUAUGUGGACACCCCUUCAAAUUAGUGGAUUCGGCUGUUGCUGACAGGUGUAUAAAAUCGAGCACACAGCCAUGCAAUCUCUAUAGACACAUUUUUGCAAUAGAAUGGCCUACUGAAGAGCUCAGUGACUUUCAACGUGGCACCGUCAUAGGAUGCCACCUUUUCAACAAAUCAGUUUGUCAAAUUUCUGCCCUGCUAGAGCUGCCCCGGUCAACUGUAAGUGCUGUUAUUAUGAAGUGGAAACGUCUAGGAGCAAUAACGGCUCAGCCGCGAAGUGGUAGGUCACACAAGCUCACAGAACAGGACCGCCGAGUGCUGAAGCACGUAAUGCGUAAAAAUCAUCUGUCCUCGGUUGCACUCACUACCGAGUUCAAAACUACCUCUGGAAGCAACGUCAGCACAAUAACUAUUCUUCGGGAGCUUCAUGAAAUGGGUUUCCAUGGCCGAGCAGCCGCACACAAGCCUAAGAUCACCAUGCGCAAUGCCAAGCGUCGGCUGGAGUGGUGUAAAGCUCGCCGCCAUUGGACUCUGGAGCAAUGGAAACGCGUUCUCUGGAGUGAUGAAUCACACUUCUAUCUGGCAGUCCGACGGACGAAUAUGGGUUUGGCAGAUGCCAGGAUAACACUAACUUCCCGAAUGCAUAGUGCCAACUGUAAAAUUUGGUGGAGGAGGAAUAAUGGUCUGGGGCUGUUUUUCAUGGUUCGGGCAAGUUACAUUUACAUAUACAAUUACGUCAUUUAGCAGACGCUCUUAUCCAGAGCGACUUACAAAUUGGUGCAUUCACCUUAUGAUAGCCAUCUUUGCACUCUGGGAGGAGGACACAACGGAGUUGUCAACCGUGAUGGCGAGAUCAUGGAGCGGGCAGUCCUUCCCCGGGAGGAAGAGCAGCUCCGUCUUGCCGAGGUUCAGCUUGAGGUGGUGAUCCGACAUCCACACUGAUAUGUCUGCCAGACAUGCAGAGAUGCGAUUCGCCACCUGAAGGGGGAAAGGAGAAGAUUAAUUGUGUGUCGUCUGCGUAGCAAUUAUAGGAGAGACCAUGUGAGGAUAUGACAGAGCCAAGUGACUUGGUGUAUAGAGAGAAUAGGAGAGGGCCUAGAACUGAGCCCUGGGGGACACCAGUGGUGAGAGCACGUGGUGCGGAGACAGAUUCUCGCCACGCCACCUGGUAGGAGCGACCUGUCAGGUAGGACGCAAUUCAAGAGUGAGCCGCGCCAGAGAUGCUCAACUCGGAGAGGGUGGAGAGGAGGAUCUGAUGGUUCACAGUAUCAAAGGCAGCAGAUAGGUCUAGAAGGAUGAGAGCAGAGGAGAGAGAGUUAGCUUUAGCAGUGCAAAGGAGAUCGGAAUUAUAUUAACUAAGCAUCUGGGAAAGCGAGAGAGUGGGGCCUCCCUCACGUUUCACUGAAACACUCAAAUAUAACUCUCCCAACUUCCACUUUAGAUUAAUAGACUUUAGUUAGUGUCUGGUCUGUUAGCGAUGUUACCAAACAGGCUAGUUCUGUCUCUUACCUCUAGUUAGUGUCUGGUCUAUUAGUGAUGUUACCAAACAGACUAGUUCUGUCUCUUGCCUCUAGUUAGCGUCUGGUCUGUUAGCGAUGUUACCAAACAGACUAGUUCUGUCUCUUACCUCUAGUUAGUGUCUGGUCUAUUAGCGAUGUUACCAAACAGACUAAUUCUGUCUCUUGCCUCUAGUUAGUGUCUGGUCUAUUAGCGAUGUUACCAAACAGACUAGUUCUGUCUCUUACCUCUAGUUAGCGUCUGGUCUAUUAGCGAUGUUACCAAACAGACUAGUUCUGUCUCUUACCUCUAGUUAGUGUCUGGUCUGUUAGUGAUGUUACCAAACAGUAUGUCACCUACCUAAACAAUCACUUAGGUAAUAUUGGUAAUUUAUCAUCCAAUUGCCAUCCCUUAUUUUUUUAUAUAUUUUUUUAGACUGUCCCUUGCUUCUUUAUUGCUCCUCCCACUUCCUGAUCUCAAUAUUAAAUAAAUGAUCUAGGUAAUAGCUGUUUCGCAUUAGAUUGUGCCUUCCUCUGAUUACUGCAGCUCAUUGCAUUAAUUUAGUUUCAAAUACCAACUUGUUGUUUAUUAAAGAAUACUAAAAAUGAAAUUUAAAUGACAACAUUUGAUAAUACCUCAAUUUACUUCUAUCCCGUAAAAGUAAUCCAAGAUUAGUACAAUUGACUAGCAACAGGUAUCCCUCAUUCAGGGAAAGCUCUCUCUCUCUUCUGUUAUUUUAUGGUUCAAAUCAUAUAUAUUAUUACCAAAUUAUAAUCUUCUUCACACUUUUCACAGUAUUAUAAAUUACCCUCAACUUAGUACAAUAAACUAUCUUAAUGUCCUCCUCUCAUGCCUUUAGAAUUUACUAGUGUGGAUGAUUAAUUAACACCAGAAAGACAAAACAGAGUUCAGAGGCAAUUGAAAUUAUUCAACGAACUGUUCCAUCCCAUAGUAUACCAAACAUUACCAUUAUUCUAAAUAUUUCAUAAAUGUUACUUAUCCCAAGUGUUCAUUAAGUCCUCAUGACAUUCAUUCUCAUAAGAAAUCAUAUAUACCCCAAACUCAGCCAAAACCGAAAAACUCCAUAAAAUUCACUGUGCGUGCUCCUCCAAGACCUAUCACCCUUGACCUGCUGAAAACCCCCCAAAAUUGAAACAACAAGGCUUUAUAAACAUCAUACUAGGUGUGUUGUUUUUUGUUUGAAAAACCCGAUUUGAAAAACAACAACCACAAAUACCCAGGCCCCACUUUAAUUUGGUAGCUCACUGCCUAACUUCACUACUGCUCCCCCUCGCCCUGAGCAACAUUCCAAUGAGAUAAGCUAAUUCUCUUUCUCCUGGUUAUAAUUUUGUUAACCUUCAAUUACCAUCAGUAAUCUAAAGAUGGUAGUACACACAAAACAUGAUACAGAUAUCCCCAGUCCUAACCCAUCAAUAAUUGUUUGUAUCAAUCUAAUUCCUCAUAACUAAUCCAUAAAACCACUCAAAAUUCCUCGAGUAUACAAUGAUUAUUUAAUUGAUUACCUUAAAUCUGCUACAUGUGAUCUCAUCUCAAAUGAUCCAUUAUCAAUUAUUUGAUCAAUCCCCUAGGAAAAUCUGUCUCCCCUUCUAUUGUUCCUGUCCCCCCUGUAAAUGUCAUAUUAAAUUUUUUAGCCAAUACAAUCACGAUUACAUCAAAUGUUCCCUCCUUUGGCCAUCUAGCCACUAUCUUUCUGGUCCUUUUUCUCAUUUGUUAGAGAUAUUACCAAUAUCUUCACUAUUUUCUGGGAACCUUCUCUUCAUGAUUGCUACUGGUGAUCCUGCCAUCUCUACUUCUGGUGUGGUCUAAUGUCUAUAUUAGGGUGUAAGGUAAAUUAUUCCUGUUGUCUUUUUCAGCUAAACGUUUUAUAUUCCUCAGUUAAUGGUAUUUUCUCCCUAAUAUAUCUUCAUACUCUUCUCUUUCCCUAAAUGAGAUUUAAUCCCUUGCCUUUCCUCUACUAUCCUUCUAUCAUUACUGGAUCAAUGAUAAUAACUGUAAUAACUAUUAAUAAUAAUUGUAAUAACUAUUUCACAUUAAAUUGUGCCUUUUUCUGAUAAUGUUAUAAUUGUAGCCUAUUGCAUUACUUUAGUUUAAAAUAUACGUUUGUUUAUUUAACAAAUCUAGAACCCACUAUAGGUUGGUGCUAUUCCCUCAGCAUAAUAGCUAAAGCUACUUGCAUCCCCUGGUCCCCGUAACGAAAAUAAAUUAUCGUUCUAGAAUACAAUACACCACUGGUGUUAAGCAACCUAUCGAAUAAAGUAAUAACAAUUAGAAUUUAUCAAAGCACUGCCUUUCAGUCAAGUAUUCAGACCUCCACUUGAAAUCUUACAGCUCAAUCUAACUCGCUUGACUGUCUUAUUUUAUUUUUAUUUUUAUUUUUUCUCCCGCUAACCAGAGCCAUAAAUUAUUCUCCUUUGUCCUCAACUCAAUUUUCACAGCUCUAUCGCCAUUUCAGUUCGCUAUUCAAUUUCUUUAACUGUUCUCUCUGAUUAGGCCCUAAUUAAUAAAACAAAUACUUGCUAUCGUUGAUAAGCAUACAUUUAAUGAUAUUCCUAUCAUUUGAACUAUCUCUCACCCCUCCCCUUGCUCCUUCCUACACAAUGGGGAAGGCGCGGGGACCUUGUAAUAUAUUUUCAUAGACCUUUCUAGAAUACUUCUACUUAAGCUAUCUAAUUCAACCUUUCACAUUUCUCAAUCCACGUAGUAAUCUAGGUCUAUAGCCCCAAUGCGAAAGCUUUACCCACUGUCCCUACCUGUGUUCGAACCCGGGACCCUCUACAUACAUUGCCAGUCACCCCAUACAUUCCGCGAUGCUUUCAAAGUAAAUACUUCCAGUUCAUAGAGCAGGCGACGUCACCAAAUGAAAACCGCUGUCAGGGUUGAGUGUAGAGGUAACGUGGAAUCACACGCAGGACACACAGAGAUUCGAAACAGAUGUCUUUAGUGAAGUCCGAAAAUACAAGCCAAACACGGCAACAGGCCACAGGCGAAACAUACGCACACUGGUAAGAACCAAAGUAAAUGCGCACAACGUGCAGGACUCUCUCAAACAAAACGAAAUACAGAGAGCACAGAACAGCGAACCAACUACUACACGUGACAUCGAACAAUUACACACAACACCUGACCAAACACAAGAGAACUAAAUAGGACGCAUAAUGAACACUUAACAAUGAACAGGUGUAACAAACAGACACAACCAAUCAAACAUAGAAACAUAGAACGGUGGCAGCUAGUACUCCGGAGACGAUGACCGCCGAAGCCUGCCCGAACAAGGAGAAGGAGCAGCCUCGGCCGAAACCGUGACAGUACCCCCCCCUUGACGCGCGGCUCCAGCCGUGCGCCGACCCCGGCCUCGGGGACGACCAGGAGGACGCGGAGCAGGGCGCGUAGGAUGACCACGAUGGAACUCGGUCAGAAGAGACGGGUCUAGGAUGUCCCUCCUCGGCACCCAGCACCGCUCCUCCGGGCCGUACCCCUCCCACUCCACAAGAUAUUGGAGACCCCCCAUCCGGCGUCUCGAAUCUAGGAUGGACCGAACAGUGUACGCCGGAGCCCCCUCGAUGUCCAACGGGGGCGGAGGAGUCUCCUCUAUCUUAUAUUAUUAUAUAUUAUAUAUAUAUAUUAUAUCUCAUAGUCCUGGAGUGGACCAGCUACCACCGGCCUGAGGAGAGACACAUGGAACGAGGGGUUAAUAUUCUUGUAAUCAAUGGGCAGUUGUAACCUGUAACACACCUCGUUCAAUCUCCUCAGGACUUUAAAAGGCCCCACAAACCGCCGACCCAGCUUCCGGCAGGGCAGGUUGAGGGGCAGGUUUCUGGUUGAGAGCCAGACUCGAUCUCCAGGUGCAUACACUGGCCCCUCACUGCGGUGGAGAUCGGCGCUCGUCUUCUGUCGACGGAUGGCUCGCUGCAGAUGGAUGUGUGCAGCGUUCCACGUCUCCUCCGAGCGCCGCACCCACUCAUCCACCACAGGGGCCUCUAUCUGGCUCUCAUGCCAAGGUGCCAGAACCGGCUGGUACCCUAACACACACUGGAAAGGGGUUAGUUUAGUGGAGGAGUGGCGGAGAGAGUUCUGUGCCAUCUCGGCCCAGGGAACAUAUCUCGCCCACUCCUCCGGCCGGCCCUGGCAAUAUGACCUCAGAAACCUACCCACAUCCUGGUUGACACGUUCGACCUGCCCAUUACUCUCCGGGUGGUAACCCGAGGUAAGGCUCACCGAAACCCCCAACCGUUCCAUAAACGCUCUCCAGACUCUGGAGGUAAACUGGGGGCCUCGAUCAGACACUAUAUCCUCGGGUACCCCGUAAUGCCGGAAGACGUGGGUAAAUAGAGCCUCAGCGGUCUGUAGGGCAGUAGGAAGACCCCGGCAUGGGAAGGAGAUGACAGGCCUUUGAGAACCGAUCCACAACGACCAGGAUGGUGGUAUUCCCCUGUGAGGAGGGAAGGUCUGUAACAAAAUCCACCGAGAGGUGAGACCAGGGUCAUUGUGGAACGGGCAGGGGUUGUAACUUACCCCUGGGCAAGUGUCUGGGCGCCUUACACUGGGCACACACCGAGCAGGAGGAGACAUAAAUCCUCACAUCCCUGGCUAACGUUGGCCACCAGUACUUUGUGCUAAGGCAGUGCACUGUCCGGCCAAUACCUGGAUGCCCAGAGGAGGGUGACGUGUGAGCCCAAUAAAUGAGCCGAUCCCGGACCUCGAGCGGGACGUACGUCCGACCCACCGGACACUGUGGAGGGCUAGGGUCGGUGCGUAAUGCCCGCUCGAUCUCCGUAUCGACCUCCCAUACCACCGGUGCAACCAGACAAGACUUAGGUAGCAUGGGAGUGGGCUCAACGGACCUCUCCUCCGUGUCAUACCGCCGAGACAGGGCAUCUGCCUUCCCGUUCUGGGACCCAGGGAUGUAAGUGAUCUUAAACACGAACCGGGCUAGAAACAUAGUCCACCGCGCCUGGCGAGGAUUCAGUCUCCUAGCUGCCCGAAUGUAUUCCAGGUUACGGUGGUCAGUCAGAAUGAGAAAAGGGUGUUGAGCCCCCUCAAGCCAAUGCCUCCACACCUUUAGGGCUUGUACCACGGCUAACAGCUCCCUGUCCCCUACGUCAUAAUUACGCUCCGCCGGACUGAGCUUUUUCGAAUAAAAAGCACAGGGGCGGAGUUUAGGUGGUGUGCCGGACCGUUGUGAGAGAACAGCCCCGAUACCGGCUUCAGACGCGUCCACUUCCACUUGGAAUGGUAAAGCGGGAUCCGGGUGCGCCAGCACUGGAGCCGAGGUAAACAGGUCCUUCAGUCUCCCAAAAGCCCUGUCCGCCUCAGCUGACCACCGCAAGCGCACCGGACCCCCCUUCAGAAGGGACGUUAUGGGAGCUGCCACCUGUCCAAAACCCCGGAUAAACCUCUGGUAGUAAUUCGCAAAACCCAAGAACUGCUGCACCUCUUUAACCGUGGUUGGGGUUUGCCAAUUACGCACGGCUGACACACGGUCAACCUCCAUCCUCACCCCUGACGCAGACAACUGAUAACCCAAAAAGGAGACCGACUCCUGGAAGAACAGACAUUUCUCGGCUUUGACAUACAGGUCAUGCUCCAACAGCCUCCUCAAUACUCGGCGCACCAGGGCUACAUGUUCGGCCCGGGUAGAACUGUACACCAGAAUAUCGUCUAUGUACACGACUACUCCCUGCCCCUGCAUGUCCCGGAAAAUAUCAUCUACAAAGGAUUGGAAGACUGAUGGAGCAUUCAUUAACCCGUAUGGCAUGACGAGAUACUCGUAAUGACCGGAGGUAGUACUAAAUGCUGUCUUCCAUUCAUCGCCCUCUCUAAUGCGCACCAAGUUAUAUGCGCUCCUGAGGUCCAAUUUUGUGAAGAACCGUGCCCCGUGUAAUGACUCCGUCAUAGUCGCAAUCAGCGGGAGUGGAUAACUAUAUUUCACAGUAAUCUGAUUGAGACCGCGGUAAUCAAUACACGGGCGCAAACCUCCAUCCUUUUUCUUCACAAAAAAGAAGCUAGAGGACGCGGGUGAAGUGGAGGGCCGUAUGUAUCCCUGUCUCAGAGACUCGGCAAUGUAUGUCUCCAUUGCCCUCUUCUCCUCCUGUGACAAAGGAUACACAUGGCUCCGCGGGAGCGCAGCUCCUGCCUGGAGGUCUAUCGCACAAUCCCCCUGUCUAUGAGGUGGCAACUGCGCCGCUCUCGUCUUGCUAAACACGAGUGCCAAAUCCUCAUACUCGGGGGGAAUGUGCAAUGCGGGCAUUUGGUUCGGACUCUCCACCGAGGUCGCCCCUACGGAAACACCCAGACAUAGCCCCUCACACUGAGCAGACCACCCUUUAAGAGCCCUCUCUCGCCACGAAAUAGUAGGAUCAUGGGUAAUCAACCAGGGAAGCCCCAGCACCACCGGAUACGCAGGAGAGUCGAUCAGAUAGAGCUGAAUCGUCUCCUCAUGACCCCCCUGCGUCUCCAUCCUAAGUGGCACUGUGACCUCCCUAAUGAACCCGGAUCCUAACGGACGACUAUCUAGGGCAUGUACAGGGAAAGGAUUAUUUACCGGAAGGAGGGGAAUCCCUAACUCUACACAGAAUUUGCGAUCUACAAAAUUCCCAGCUGCGCCUGAAUCUACUAGCGCCUUAUGCUGGGAACGAGGUGCAACCUGUGGAAAACAAACAGGUAUGGUUAUGUGUACGACAGAAAGCUGUGGGUAAGUGGGGCGCCUACUCACCUGGGAGGACUCCCCAAUGUGUGGCCUGCCUUCUCCUCCACCAGGAGACCCUCCCCAGCACCUAGCCGCGGUGUGCCCUCCACGGCCACAGUUGGUGCAGGGGACGGCCCCCCUCGGGCUCCUUCUUCUCCUUCCUCUAGCGCCAGCACCUCCGAGCUCCAUAGGGCUCGGCUCGGAGGUGCUGGAGGGUGGAAUGGGCGACCCCCACCUGGGACGCCCGCGGGUAGCGAGCAGGGUGUCCAGCCGAAUGGCCAUGUCAACCAAUUGGUCAAAUGAAAGCGUGGUAUCCCUGCACGCCAACUCUCUGCGGACGUCCUCCCGGAGGCUGCAGCGGAAGUGGUCUAUGAGUGCCCGCUCAUUCCACCCCGCAUCGGCCGCUAGAGUCCGGAACUCCAGUGCAAACUCCUGAGCUCUCCUCAUCCCCUGCCGGAGGUAGAAUAGACGCUCCCCCGCCGCCUUCCCCUCCGGUGGAUGGUCAAACACUGCACGGAAGCGGCGGGAGAACUCUGCAUAGGUUAUAGUAGCGGCGUCUAUUCUCCUCCAUUCGGCGUUGGCCCACUCCAACGCCUUGCCGGUGAGACAGGAGAUGAGGGCGGAAACACUCUCGUGUCCCGAGGGCGCCGGGUGUACGGUGGCGAGGUAGAGUUCAACUUGCAACAGGAACCCCUGACACCCGGCAGCGGUGCCGUCGUACGCCCUCGGGAGCGAGAGCCGAAUCCCACUGGGUUCCGGAAGUUGGACAGGCGGGCUGACCGAUGGUGAUGGUGCGGUAGGUGGGGGUGUGGGUACCCCGCUGGUCUCCCAUCGAUGGAGGGUGUUCAUCACUCGGUCCAGGGCGUGCCCGAUUUGGUUGAUCCUGUCCUCCUGUCCACGAAGGCGCUCCUCGAUGAUCUCUGUGGGUGCGGGUGCUCCUGCUGAUUCCAUAGAGAUGGUGUGUAAUUCUGUCAGGGUUAAGUGUAGAGGUAACGUGGAAUCACACGCAGGACACACAGAGAUUCAAAACAGAUGUCUUUAGUGAAGUCCGAAAAUACAAGCCAAACACGGCAACAGGCCACAGGCGAAACAUACGCACACUGGUAAGAACCAAAGUAAAUGCGCACAACGUGCAGGACUCUCUCAAACAAAACGAAAUACAGAGAGCACAGAACAGCGAACCAACUACUACACGUGACAUCGAACAAUUACACACAACACCUGACCAAACACAAGAGAACUAAAUAGGACGCAUAAUGAACACUUAACAAUGAACAGGUGUAACAAACAGACACAACCAAUCAAACAUAGAAACAUAGAACGGUGGCAGCUAUUACUCCGGAGACGACGACCGCCGAAGCCUGCCCGAACAAGGAGAAGGAGCAGCCUCGGCCGAAACCGUGACAACCGCACUAGCUCUCACCUCAUUCAGCAACACAAAGUAAUGCUCUCUCUCCCUUCACCCAUUCCCUAUUGAAUAAGUGAGUCUUUCUAUUUAACCCCAACCACGCUACAAAUCUUCCAUUCAACAUCAACAAACCAAAUACUCAGUAGUAUCCGGUCACCACCCAUACCAGUAGUAUCCGGUCACCACCCAUACCAGCCGUCGAAUUCACUCACACACACAGACCCCACCCCAUGCCACCGAAAUGCCCAACAAAACAUAAUAGUUCAAUGGAGCCCCCUAUUGGCUCUCCACUAUUUAUACAUUACUUCCAUAACCACACCAGUCAUGGUCCGAUCACCCAUCAAACCCCAUCACAUGAUCAAACAACGGCACAACCUUAAACUCGUAUGGGGCGGCAGGUAGCCCAGUAACCAAGAGCACCGUGCCAGCAACCGAGAGGUCGCCGGUUCCAAUCCCCGAGCCGACCAGGCGAAAAAUCUGCCGAUGUGCCCUCGAGCAAGGCACCCAACCCCAAUUGCUCGCAUACAACACCCUAUACUCUAAAGUGUCCCUCUGAUCCUAGCCGUACCUAGCCCUCUGGUACGUGUCAGUAGUGCAACACUAUCUAAAAUUGUAAGUGUCCCUCUGAUCCUAGCCGUAUCUAGCCCUCUGAUACGUGUCAGUAGCGUAACACCUUUAACCAAUAAUUCCCUACGCCUCCAGUUCUCACCACUGGUGAUCCUAGCCUGGAGUGACUAAAAUGUAAGUGUCCCUAUGAUCCUAGCCGUAUCUAGCCUUCUGAUACGUGUCAAUAGUGCAACACUUUUAGACCAAUGAUUCCCUACGCCUCCAGUUCUCACCCCUGGUGGUCCUAGCCUGGGGAUUUCAGUAUUUUCCCCCGAUCCUAGCCGUACCUAGCCCUCUGGUACGUGUCGGUGGAACAAUACUCUAUGGUACCAAGGUUUAACAUCACAUUCACCACAGGUUUGCAUGUCACAAUAUGGUGCUUAUCUACUCAUAAUAAUUCAUAUAAUAAUUCAUAAUUUAGUUCACUUACAUCAGACAGGUGUUUCACAAAAUUAAUUUGGAUAAAGCCAAUGUGCAGAACUUUAGUUAUAUAACAAUAGGUGUCUGCUUACCUGUUUUUAGUAGUCCGGACUCUUUGUGAAACACACCGUCCAAUGACAGAGAUGUCCAAUGGGCCGGACAAUACCCAGCCAAGUCCCUUCUACCAGAUCAGUCGGAGGUCACCAAUUGUUAAGUUGCGUCAAUUCAUAUCUGGUAUUGGAACAAAAAGAGGUCAAUACACGUCUUCUAAAAUAGACUAGUAUUUUAAUUAAUGCAAAACACUUCAAUGGUAAAUAUGAUGUUCGUAUAUACGGGUCCACUGAAACACCACGUAGGGCAGACAGAGAACUGGUCCAUUGUUAUAAGUUCUUCUUUAAAAGUUCUUCUUUAAAUACUCUGACAGAGAUAGUUCCCGCUCCCUGCUGGCCUAUCAGAGUAGAGACUGAGCGUGGUUUAGACUUACUCAGCCUAUCGUUGGCGCACAGGCUGGUCCCAGUCCCUUGGCGCUUCACUGUUGCCAGGUGUUGGUUGUUUUGCAACUUGUCCAGAGAGUCAGCACUUUUGCAGUACACAUGUCCUUGAGCGGUCUAACAAAGAGGCUGUGUGUGUAUGUGAGACACAAGCCUUAUCUCAUCUUACCCCCUAACGUUCCUCACAUUAAUCACAGCUUGUUAUAUUAAACAGUCUAUAUCAGUACAGCACAAACCUAUUAUGUUUAAUCAUUAAUGUAUUCUUUCUAUGCUAACAGCACAUCUAAAAUAUAAGAUAAUAAUUUCCCACAUACCUCUAGUUAGCGUCUGGUCUAUUAGCGAUGUUACCAAACAGACUAGUUCUGUCUCUUACCUCUAGUUAAUGUCUGGUCUGUUAGCGAUGUUACCAAACAGACUAAUUCUGUCUCUUACCUCUAGUUAGUGUCUGGUCUAUUAGCGAUGUUAACAAACAGAUUAGUUCUGUCUCUUACCUCUAGUUAGUGUCUGGUCUGUUAGCGAUGUUACCAAACAGACUAGUUCUGUCUCUUACCUCUAGUUAGUGUAUGGUCUAUUAGCGAUGUUACCAAACAGACUAAUUCUGUCUCUUACCUCUAGUUAGUGUCUGGUCUGUUAGCGAUGUUACCAAACAGACUAGUUUUGUCUCUUGCCUCUAGUUAGCGUCUGUUCUGUUAGCGAUGUUACAAAACAGACUAGUUCUGUCUCUUAUCUCUAGUUAGUGUGACAUUUUAUAUAUUUAUUAUAAUAUCAUAUCUCCAUAUUACGUUGGUCCAGUUACUAUGGACAUUAAACAGUUCCAAACAGCAAGUCCCUGCAGCAAUGUUCCAACAUCUAGUGGAAAACCUUCCCAGAAAAGUGGAGGCUGUUAUAGCAGCAAAGGUGGGACCAACUCCAUAUUAGUGCCCAUGAUUUUAGAAUGAGAUGCUCGACAAGCAGGUGUCCACAUACUUUUGGUCAUGUAGUGUAUGUAACCUUUCAUAGUAUGUAUGAAAGUCAUGUGCUUAAAAAGUUCAGAUAUUUCUUACAGACCCAAGUGGACUCUAAAUGAAGUAAUUGAAAUAACAUAAACAAUCUACUAUGGCAAAACUAUUUCUCCAUCCCCUACAAUCUCAGACCUGAUCUGCUAUUUCAGGAGGAAAACAUAUCAUCUCGCUCUGUGCACUGCAGGUUCUUUGAAUGAGAAAGAAACAUUUACCAGUCAUUGUUUAUUAGAGGAAAAAAAUGACCACAUUCUCAAAUGUCUUCCGUCAUCUUGUUUUUGUUACAAUUAUUUAAGGUUAUGAACAUGAGGCAUCAGGACUUCAUGUGUACUUUUGAUUUAUUGGAUUAUUAGUUACAGAAGAUCAAACAUCUGGUUCUUGUAAUUUUACAUGAUGAUAUGUCACCAUUUCACCAUGCAGUUGUUUAGCCUUUGACUCAUAACAGAGGUAAAGCCUAAGAUGACUAUGACUCAACCAGCUCUUAUGAGACCUCUACCAGUACCCGGAGACAUGACUGGUUCAGUAGACCUUGUCACAAUGUGUCCCAGCCUAACCUGCAACAGAAACAUUUCUAAAAAAAAUAAAGGGAGAGACUAAAAGGAAAGAGAGAUUGAAAGUGUGAAUGGGGAAGUUGUUGGUUUGUGUUUAAGCCAAUCCCAAUGGGAUAGCUGUGUUUUAGUACUCUGAGUCAGCCUCCACUGGUGGAGUGAAUAUAUUGUAUUUUGGGAUUCUCUUUAAUGUCCGUUUACCUCAGAAGAACUGGAGAUGUUAUUUCCUCUUUGGAGAAGUAUAUUGGAGACAUUUGAAGGAAUAGAAUGGAGGUGCUGACUAAAUGGUUGGAGUGGAACAUGGGACAUAUUGGGCGGAUAUAGUGGAAAAGCACAAUUGAAAAUAUCUGUGACAUACUGUAGGCUAUAAUACCCACAUACAAAGAGUAGAACAAAUACUUUAGGUGAAUGUGCUUUAUUUCAUGCCUAACGUCAUUUCCCUAAGCCCAAUAAAGAAUCCCUUUACUUUCCUGAGAUGGAGAGUGAAGUCCUAUUUAUGAUUUCUCCUCCUCUCUCUUCCCUUUCAGGGCCCUUCUGGACCCACAUUCUGUUCACCUGGACCCUGAAGGACGGUCUCAACAUCUACAUCAACGGGACGUUCAACACCAGCGACCCCACUGGCAACGUGUCCAUGAACUAUGGGGACCCUUACCCUGACCUGGUCAUUGGGACAGGAAAUGAGCAGUCCUAUGGACACUAUGUGACAGGAGCCUUUGAUGAGUUUGUCAUCUGGGAGAGGGCCUUGUCACCAGAGGAGAUCCUCAUGUACUACAAAGCUGCCAUAGGUAAUGUCAGAUGUCACCGUCAGUCUGAAAUGUUCCACUCUUUUUUCCGUGAUAUGAAAUGUUCACUAUGUUCACAAUUUCCCCUUGACUGAUGUGAGGAGAGAUGGGUUAAAAAGCAAUUUCCGUCUUGGUCAUUGCCAUUGACAUUCCAUCCACAGUACUGACGCAUGGAAUACACAACAAGAUAUUAAACUGUACAAAUCCUCCUCAUCUUAAAAUCAUUUCACAUACUUCUACCAUAAAAGUGUUUCACAAUCUUCCACCUUAUAAGCGUCUCACAUAUUUAUACCGUAUAAGCAUUUAAUCUGACAAGGGCCAUUUAGUGGGAAUAUAGGCCUAGCAGUUUGGUUUUAGAUUAGAGGACUAAACUGACGAUAAACUGAGUGACUGAAGUUUUUGAAAACCAUAAUGACCCGUGUAGCUCAGUUGGUAGAGCAUGGCACUUGCAAUGCCGGGGUUGUGGGUUUGAUUCCCACGGGGGACCAGUAUGAAAAUGUAUGCACUCACUAACUGUAAGUCGCUCUGGAUAAGAGCGUCUGCUAAAUGACAAAAAUGUAAUGACCUUUUUCAUUGCUGCUUUGAUUUAUCUUGUGUGGUCUAGAAUGAUUCUGAAACUCAAAAGAAAUGGACAAUGUCCUCUGUAUGGUCCGAGAAAUGUUAUUCAGAGCAUGGUGAAAUGUGUAUAAGCUAGUAAAAAUUGAUGAAUCACUAGUCAUGCUUAUGGAAAAUAUGAAUAAUGCGGGUGUGGACACCCAUUCCCUGGGUUUUUGUCUAAUGACUAGACCCCAUUGUGAAGGACUCAGGUGGUCAUGUUGCAUGGAUAAGGCAUUGCCUUCAUUUUCUCAGGACAGUUUUUUUCUCUCAGACAUAACAGACAUGAACACGAAGGUUGUUAUGGUUAUGGAAAGUGUUUUAACAUGUUAUACCUGUAGAGAAUGAAUGGGACUAAAGAAGAGCCGACUGUUGGAAGGGAUGGUCUUAAUGUAAAACCAUAUAUGGUCAUUUAGUGUUGCUAAGUGCACUAAUUGAUGUGUUAUUUACAGACAGCGUGAUGUCAUGACUUCCUUCUAACAUCUCUUUGGCUUGUACAGUACCUCAGUGAUGUAUUUGGUGGUUGAUUAUCUAAAGAGCAGGUACAAUAGCACAGCACUUCUUUUCAUCUAUCCCGGCUGGGGGAUGGUCCAACCAUCAUCAGACACGUACCAAGGAAUGAUGAAUCUUUGGGGCCUGAACAAUUCCAGCUCUUCUCUAAGCAUUCUAUUUGGCAUCUAGCUAGUGUUGCUGUAGAUAACAGGUGGAAGAGCACUGCUAAUGGGUCUCUUAUAUUUCUCCAACUAGGUGAUGCUUUGACUUAUCCUACCACACCAAGCGUUUCUAAAGAAGUCUGCUCUACGAUGCAAACACCGGUGAGUUCUCAACUUUGGAAAUGUAUACAGAUGGACCUCUUACCAUGGGAAAGUGGAUAUUUUAAACAGAUUUCAGUGUUUUACUACUAGGACAGACACACGGCAGCCUCGCAGGAAAUGAGGUAGAAGCCUGGUGGUUAAACAGCAAUAAACACAAACAAUUAAUUCCUUAUGGAACCAUUGUUUUCCUUUAAAACUGAGGAAUUGGAAAAGGGGAUAUUGAGAGCACAAGUGAAUAGACCUCUCCUGUCUAUUAAACAGCAGUUGUGGGCGUAGAGUGAAGAAAGCAGAGACAGCUGUUCAACACAGCACAAAAUGGGUCCCUGUAGGGCAUGACGCUGGAAAAAGACCAGCAGUCUUUUACAGCAGACUUCUAUCGAGAAAGAGUUCUUACUAAGGGUAAUGGUCACAUAACGUGGUCCCAUUUUGGUCUUUGGAGAGUUUCUGUGGAGAGUAAUGCCUGGUGUUUCGUUCCCCCAGGGAGUUACAGAUGUGUCCUAUUCUAUCAUCACUAAGUUGAGUGAGGAGAUCCACAGCUCCCAGGACCCUGUGCCCAUGCCCAUGUUAGGCUUCCUGGAGUCUCUGCCAUUCAGCCUGCCCAACAAGACCAUCCCCCACGACACUGCCAACAACUUCACACAGGUACAGGAACACAAGGAUAUAAACAUGCAGGCAUGCAUGCACACACACUCACACACCAAAGUAGGUUGUAAUAGUUUGUUUCAGAUCACAGACACAUGAUGUGCUGUUGUGUCCCGUCCAGGCUUUUCUGAAGAGUGUGGAGGAGGUGCUGUCUUCUGAAGUGGCCAGGGAAGAUGAGGUAAAUGAGUUUCAAGUUUCAAGUUUUUAAUGUCACGUGCACAAGUACAGUGAAAUUCCUUUCUUUCUAGCUCUAAACCCAACAAUGCACUAAUCAAUGUCAAUGUAGUACUAAAAAUAACAUAAGGUUUACAGUAAACUAGCUAUAUGAUACUGAACUGAGAAUAUGAUCACAUUCAUUCAGGCUCUAGUUUAGUGCCCUCACACGUGCGAUCCCAGGAAUUCCUGAACAGAGAGACAUUUUGAGCGAGUUUGUCAUUACAAUGUUCUAUACACACUGAACAGGCGUUCUUGUUUUCAUAUGAGCAAGCUGAACCAGAUGUUCUUAGUGCAUGAAAACUUUAGUCACUUGGUCGUGGAGAGCACCAACAAAAUGAAGUCAGACGGAAGUUACAGUAAUACAGUGUAUAUAGUCCAAGCUGAUAAGCGUCUUAACGAAUGCUACUACUUGGUUUUAUGGUCUAUCAGUGACAGUUUACCAACUCUCCAAAUACAGUAGAUACAGUAAGUUGUCAGUGUGUCUUUAUGAGUGUGAAUGUUGUUACUGGACCGUUUGGAGCAGGAGUCCACCCCAGUGGUCAGUGGGCUGAUUGAGACAGUGGACAAAGUGAUGGUCCAGAUGUUGUCCAGCCUGGAGUCCAGCCCCAGCCCCCGCUCUCUCAUCUCACUGGGAGGAAAGUCCUUCGUAGCAGGUCAGUACAAUGGCGACUCAACUCUCUCCUGACUGUACUGUAUGACUCACAGACUGUAGUGUCUUACUGUGAAAAUAACAAGUUAGGGUUGAGAGUUACUGUACUAAGAAGGAAGUUCAAGUAGAGUUUUGAAUUAAUUGGCUACAUACAGUAUGUUUCCCUCCUCAGAAGAUAGAGAUCUGAUCAAGCUUAGAUAACCAUGGUUCUUUCCAUGGAACCCAUUUCCCCCCUGGUAGGGGUUAUUUUUGCAUAAUAUUUUGUUUGCCUGUGGACAAACUUGGGUUGUCUCUCUCCCAGGGGCUCAGUCAAAUCUUUGAUCCACCCAUGAAUCAUCACCACCACCAGAUAACACUGUGCUUUUGGCUCCCUGUCAGAACCCCUCCAGGUCUGGUGUUGGAGUUAGUUAACCACUCACAGUGCUCCCUCUCUCUCUGUUUCCAACCCCCGACCCCAAUAGAUUACUCUCUGAUGAAGAUUCCACAGAACUACAAUCUUCCCCAUUACCGCUUCCCCACGCAAGGAAAGAACUACAUCUCAGUGCCCGGUGAGGCAUUCACCAUGCAGUGUGAGUUUCAUACAUCCCAUUUCACUCUUGUUCUACAAACAUACAAUACAUUUAAAUACUCACUCUCUCACAGCAAUUCAUAUUUUGUGUGUGUAUUACACUGCUAGAAUAUAGCAUAGGCUCAUCUUUCUUUUGCGUCUGGCUCUUACUCCUCCUCAGCACACAGCUUCAUUGGCUUGAAUGUGAAUAAAUACUGGCCAUUAGUUCUGCACACUGUUUCUGCCAAGAGAAAUGUGCCCAACCAGUAAGGUCUUGUUAUUGGGCAGUAGUUUAUUAUGAUGAUAGGUUUAAAGUCCUUUAACAUAGCAAAGGUAGUGUGUGAGAGCGCCACCGUGGAACUGCUUGUGAGACUUUAAAGUACAGGAUAACAGCUACAGUACUGUAUGACUUCUAUACAGAGAGGCAAUGUAUCAAUACUUUUCAUUCACUUAGCUGUCCAUUCAAAAGAAACCCCUCCACUCACAGUGAACUAAUUUAUUUACUUAGCCCAUUCUUAGUGGCAAUGUGAAUGCUGGUUAGUCAGUAAUUACGGCAGUAUUAAAACUGUGUUUGUUAGACUUGUGUUAGGGUCAGAUCCACUUGGCUCCACCUGGCCCCCAAACGCACUGCGUUGCUACACUAACUUUUAAAUAAACCAUUUAAAUAAUAUAUUAAAACAUAAUUAUCAGAAAUGGAAUAUAAAUGUUACUGCUGGCAAUUUACACUCCUAGAUUGAGUUAAUGUAACGUUGUGCGUCCUGACACAUGGCAUACUGUAUUAAAGGCACUAAGUGGCGCUUUUAUAAGCCAAUUAAGUGCAGAGAAAGUGUUAAAGAUUAGAUUUAUUGAUCUUGGACUGAGAUACUUCCAAGUAUUCAUAAAAAGAUGCAGAAUAGGCCUUUUUCCAUUAUUUUCUUUCUUCCUUAGGAAAGUUUUAUAGGCAAACUGGCCACCAACUGAUCUCUACAAAGGCCUGGUAGGGGGCAUUACACUCAUAACAUUAAAAGAGCAUUACAUUCAAGACCUUGACUGUUUUCUUACUCAGUGAGGUAGAUUUGAUUUCAUGAAAAAGGUACUUUCACAAUCAAGCGUUCCAGAUCCCUCUCUAGUAGCUACCAUGUUGUAGAUGGGACUGGCCUACAUGGUGGGGACAGUGUAUAAGAGUAGGGCACAGGCAUCCUGCUGUACUGUUUCAGUCAUGGCACUGUGACUUGCAUAAUUUCCCAACACACACGUGGUCCAUGGUCCCCCUCCGUCUCACCUGUGUGUGAGCAUACAGCUCUCCAAUUAGUCAGGGAGUGCCAACUUGAGGCAGCGAGGCUGCUUAAUUAAGUUCCCCUCACUGUGAGCAUUUUAGCAACGCAUCAUCACAUUCUCAACCCUGCUAUGAGUCUGUGUUUCACCUUUGACCACUCUCUCCCCUCCCUCCCUCCCUCCAUCCCUCCUCCUUCCUUCCUUCCCUCCUCCCUCUCUCCCCCUCUCCCUACCUCUCUCCACCUCAGCCCAAACCACAAUCGUGGGUCUUUUCUACCACAACAUGCACAACUACUACAGAGAGAUCAGCCCACUCAGGACCAGGUAAGGGGGAUGGGAGAACACAUAAAAAGCCCUAAUCAUACCAAACAGGAAUGCUCUCUGUGUAUGAAUUAUGAACCACUUACCUGUGUGAUAUAAAGUUAUCCUGACCAAACACAGUACAGUAGACAGCACUGUUUAAAGAAAGUUUAGGGCCUGCGAAAAGUAAUGUAAUUUUCUAAUUUACAAGCAUUCAGAAGAGGCUUGUGGUUGUCAAAUCAUCUGUUUGGGGACUAAUCAGAAAAGUAUGCAAUAAACUAAAUAGUUUACUUUGCACGCUGUGCAAUUAAGAAUUACCGCCAUUGAGAAGAAGUGAUCUCAGAGGAUCUAAGGGAUGUUACGGCAAUAAGCGCUCUGAGCAUCAGCCAGGAUCACUUCCUGUGUGUCCGCUGUGGUCCCCUGGCGGAGUGGCGCCCCUGUUUCCUGACGUCCAGCACGGAUCAUGCCUGGGGCCAUUCCUUAUCAGCCUCCCACCAGGCUAUCUCUCAUCUCCCCACUUAACCUCCACUGACUGAUACACCCUGCCGUUAACUUCAUACAGGAUCUUGGCCACACACUUCUUUUCCCAUCAAUAGGGGAAGCGUAUUACGAUAAAGCUGUGAAAUAAAUGUUUUGCAUGACUUGGAAUUUGAUGGUCUAAGCGUAAACAAUCUGGUUUGCUUUAAAACAUGUAGUUACUGGCAGACUUCAUCAAUGGCAUAAUUGCGUCUAGAAAUACAGUUUAUAUGCUCAAGGUGUUGGACUGACUGUUGUGGCCCUCAGUACGGCACAUAGCUUUGACUGCCUCUGCAGAAAUCCAGAAUCUAAGGCUGUGUUUACACAGGCAGCACAGUUCUGAUAUUUUGCCCAAUUAUUGGCAAAAGAUUUGAUCUAAUUGGUCAAAAGACCAAUUAGUGGCAAAAGAUUAUGAUUGGGCUGCCUGUGUAAACACAGCCUAAAAGUACUAUGUGUAAGUGAUAAGGCACUUGGGAUCAAUCAGCUUCUGCUACAAUAUACUUUCUUCUAAACGAGUUUCUCAGUAAAACUGGAUGACAGUAAUAAACACCCAUGUUUACAAAGUAGGAAAGCAGUUUAUUCAGGAAAUACCAAUGCCAAUUGGUGUCAGUAUGCCACCAUUUUAGAAGGCAUCAUUUAUUUACUUCACAUUUGAUGGUUAGGUUAGUUCCUAAUGGUUGUGUUUCACUCCCCAGUGGGUGGGAAUGUCCAUCUGUAUAAUGAUACGGGGGUGUUGCCUCUACAACCUACCAUCACUUACCUGUUGACCUAGAAAAGCUCCUGACGUAAUGCUGUGUUUUCACUGGGACUGAUGACAUGACAGAUGUAUCAGAAUCCCACUCUCAUGCUACUGUUCUGAGCCCUCUGUGACACUACUGUGUAGAUAGAACACCCCAGCAGAGCUCUCAUUGGUGUUAGAGUGACAUAUCAUCUCUCUCUCUCUCUCAGGAUCAACGAGGCGGCUGAUUUUAAAGACCAUAAGAUCCAGGUGGCCAGUUUCCUCAUCUCACUGAAGGUGGAGCCAUCACCUGCCCUGUCCGUCAACCUGUCUGGGGCUCCACUCAUCAAGAUUGUCCUCACACACAUCCUG